UCCAUACCGGAAGUCAUGUUGCGCCGUUAGUUAGCUUCACAGGCUAACCGGGGUGUGCGGUGCUCACAUCACCUGAAGGUUCACAGGUGAACGUCCACAGGUGAACGUCACAGCUGCUUUCACUGUCCCGGGCUGCGCCACAUCUCUUGAAACAUGACCAAACACGAGUUUGAGGUGGCGAUGACCUGCGAGGGGUGUUCAGGAGCUGUGACCAGAGUGCUCAACAAGCUGGGAGAUGUGAAGUUUGAGAUCGACCUGCCUAAGAAGCUGGUUUGGAUCGAGUCCGACAGAGACGUGGAAGUUCUCAUGGAGACACUGAAGAAAUGUGGAAAGGAGGUCAAGUACAACGGCACCAAAUGAAGGAACAGGAAAUCGUCGCUGCUGAUGCAAAAUGAAGAUUUAUUCUGGAUUUUAAACUCGCUGCCUGUCAGGAAGAGUCUGAUGGAUCUGAGUGACCGCCCCCUCCCCCCUCAUUUAAAUGCCAAACCGCUCACACGCACAAAAAUCCUCCUCGGAUGCAGAUCGUCUCUCAGUGUUGCGAUUUACGAGGUCAGAGCUGCCGAGCAUGUUUAGAGAAUGACAACAACCCCGAAGAUCGUGGCGUUUGACAUCCUCUAACUGUGUUUAGUCUGUGAUGGAGGUGACAUGAUGAUCUGGCCUGAAUAAUCACUCGACACGUCUCCAACAUAUUUUCUGAGAAAGAAUAAAUCGCAGCCUUUCCUGUGUCGUUAAAUUGACAGUAAUAUUUUACUUAAUAACUAACAGAUGAGCUGUACAGUGACACCGUGCAUGCUCUUCAACAUGAACUCCAGCUGUAAAAUCAGAAACAUCGGGACAUGAUGGAGAUUUGAAGCAUUUAUUAUGUCUGUGAGUGCUUGCAAAAGGUCACAUUAAAGCUACAAAAUGAGACACUAGUAAACUUCCUUAAACACUUAAGUACAUUCCCUGGAUUGUAAAGUUUAGUCUGCCUGAACCACGACUCGGUAUUAUUGCAUUCAUUGGAUUUAACAUGAGGAAUCAUGUGUCAUCUGAUCUGUAGACCUGCACCGAGGAGGAAACUCAGUCCCGUCUCUCUUCCCUUCAGGGACCACCUGCUGGACUUUAUCUUCCAUCACAGUUUACACUCUAAAAACACAUUUAGAACAUAUCAUGUUGAUUUGAUUUUUACUAACAUGUAUGUGUUUUCUGUUCACAACCUCAAGCCCUUGAUGUAAUUCACUCUUCAUGUUACUUUAGGAGAAAGAUAAUCACUCUGUCUCGGGCUUUUGUAAUCUGUCUUGUCUUGGUAUGUUCUGCACACACAGAGGAAAUAAAAGUUCUGCCUCCACACGUCA